AAAAAGCAAGAAAAAUCGGUUCCUCAACGGAAGAGAGCCUGAGCGAUCUCACAGACUCCGAGAGAGAGAGAGAGAGAGAGAGAGAGAGAAAGCCGCCGGAAUAUUCCUUAAGCUAUCAGCGAUCCUGCCGGAAGGAGUUUACGGUGAUCGGAGGCGCGUGUGCGUGUUCGGAUCCGGCGAAGGAGCAGGGAUGGUGAAUUCUAUGGUGGAGCGCGCCACGAGCGACAUGCUCAUCGGUCCUGAUUGGGCCAUGAACAUCGAAAUCUGUGACAUAUGCAACCACGACCCUGUGCAAGCAAAGGAUGUUGUUAAAGGCAUAAAGAAGCGUCUUGGAAGUAGGAAUUCAAAAGUUCAACUUCUUGCCCUUACUCUUUUGGAAACAAUUAUAAAGAAUUGUGGAGAUAUUGUUCAUAUGCAUGUUGCAGAGAAAGACCUCCUUCAUGAGAUGGUAAAAAUAGUUAAAAAGAAGCCGGACUAUCAUGUCAAAGAGAAGAUACUGAUAUUGAUAGAUACCUGGCAAGAAGCUUUCGGUGGCCCAAGAGCAAGAUAUCCACAAUAUUAUGCUGCAUAUCAGGAAUUGUUGCGUGCUGGAGCAGUAUUCCCCCACAGGUCUGACGCAGCUGCUCCUGUAUUUACACCUCCUCAGACGCAACCAUUGUCGUCACUCCCUCAAAAUCUGCAAAAUCUAGAUAAUCCGAGAGACAUACCUGAGCCUUCUGCAGAGCCCGAUUUCCCAACAUUAACCUUGACUGAAAUUCAGAAUGCACGGGGUAUUAUGGAUGUCCUGGCGGAAAUGCUAAGUGCUAUAGAUCCAGAGAACAGAGAGGGGCUUAGACAAGAGGUUAUCGUUGAUCUAGUUGAACAGUGUCGUACAUAUAAACAAAGGGUGGUACACCUUGUUAACUCGACCUCGGAUGAAUCACUUCUGUGUCAAGGACUAGCACUUAAUGAUGACUUGCAGCGUCUUCUUGCCAAACAUGAAGCUAUUGCUUCAGGCAAUCCAGUUCAACCAGAUAAACCCAAGGCAGAACCUUCUGGAAAUCUUGUAGAUGUUGGUGGUCCUCUUAUCGACACUGGAAGUGAUAACAAACAGCUUGAUGGGAGAUCCACUUCAGGUGCUGGUGCAAGCUCAAACCCACUUAAUCAGUUAUUACUUACUGGACCUCCAACUACUAAUGGUGCAACUCCUACGACAAAGGUUGAUCCCAAGAUGGAUCUUCUUAGCGGAGAUGACUUUGGCUCACCAAAGGCAGAUUCGCUGGCUCUUGUUCCUGUAGGUGAUCAACAGACAAGUAGUGCUCCUGUAUCCAAUGCCCUUGUUCUUAUGGACAUGUUUUCUGACGGUAACAGUGCCCCAAAUCCUCCUCAUGCGACCAACCAAACCAGUCCAUUAAACCCUCAAUUUCAACAGCAGCGGAAUUUUCAAGGCACACAAGGGGGAACUCACCCAAAUGGAAUUGUCCCAAACAUGGGAGCACCACAGUAUGAGCAGUCACAGUACGCGCAAGGUGGUGGUCCUGCUUGGAAUGGUCAGAUGCAGCAGCCAUCUUCACCAGGAUAUGGUUCACCAACCAGUGGAUCACUACCACCACCCCCUUGGGAGGCUCAGUCAGUAGAUGAUGGAAGCCCAGUAGCAGGUUCUCCAUAUGCACCACCAAUGCAAGUCACUCAAGUGGUUGUCACACAUGCACAGGGUGGUUUCGUUCCACAGGGUCCUCAACGGUCAACUAGUGACCCGGUAGUUGGUAUGUACAUUCAACCAAUUACAAGUAACCAUUUGUCGGCAAUCAAUCAGCAGGUUGCUCCAAGCAGUCAGUUGGGUUUGGCACCUCCUCAACCACUUCAAGGUCCAUCUAUGGGUAUGGUUCCACAGCCACCUACUCAAGCCGGUCAAAUGUCAUCUGCGUACCCUCAACAAAUGUAUGGCAAUCAAAUAACCCCCUAUGGCUAUGAUCAGCAACAACAAGCACAAUACUUUCAGCAGCAGCAUCAACAAGGGCAAUAUUAUCAGCAGCAGCAUCAACAAGCGCAAUACCUUCAGCAGCAACAGCUUCAUGCGCAAUACUAUCAUCAGCAACAGCAGCAGCAGCAGCAGCAGGCGCAUUAUCUUCAGCAGCAGAUGCACGGUAUGUCUGUCAAUGAUAAUGGUAUGAGAAACGCCUACCAGGCUCCUACAUCAUCGUAUAACCCGCCUAGCAGGCCAGCCAAGCCAGAGGACAAGCUGUUUGGAGACCUUGUUGAUUUUGCAAAACUGAAACCAUCAAAACCGACUGCCGGCACAACUGGUAGUCUCUGAAAUUGUUGGUGGUUUUUGCCCCUUCCCCAUUAUUUUGGCCACCUUAGUUGAUUUGCCUUUUUUUUUUUUUUUUUCUCUUUCGUUAUAUAUAAUUUUUAUAUGAGAUUUUGGCUCCAAAUUUGGGUUAGCACAUUGUAUGGCAUUGGGAUCAUGUACAUUCUUUGUAGAAAAAAGAAAAAAGAAACCCAGACAAAAAAGGGAGGCCUUGUGGAUUAGAUUGAAUUUAUGAAAUUUGCUUUUGUCA